CUGUAGCAGACAGAUGCUUCCCUGCUAUAUUCAUGUACUACACAGUUGCAUUUGAUCGUGUGAAUAUAAUUUAAAACUUUACACUGAUUUACAAACGUUGUCUGAAGACUCAACACAAUUGCUGGCAUGCAGAAUGCAAACCCAAUAGAGGAGGUGGGAGGCGACACACCCUGUGAUGUGCCCUGUCUCCAGAAACUUGACUCCCCAACAGGGAGCCCUCCCAAACAAGCCUCUCUCGCAGAAAUGAUGGAGUUUGAGAAUUGUGUUUCCAAUCUCAGCCUUGCACAUGAGAUAGUGAUGAACAGAGACUUCAGCUUCAGACAGAACAGCCCACCCAAAGACAGCUUGGAAGGAAGAAUAUCUGACAUAGUUCACAGUGCUUUCUGGGACUGUCUUCGUGAGCAGCUUUCAUGCAGCCCUCCAGACUAUGUCCAUGCUGUCAUUCUGCUACAAGAGGUGAAAACUACUGUGCUGUCCCUGCUCCUGCCUGGCCACGUGCGUCUGAAGGCCCAGGUGGAGGAGGUUCUGGACCUGGAGCUGAUCCAGCAGCAGGCAGAUCAUGGGGCCCUGGACCUGCAAAGAUUGUCAGGCUACAUCAUCAAUACCAUGGCCUCCCUGUGUGCCCCUGUACGGGACCCAGAGAUCAAGACACUACGGGAUCUUUCGGACCCAGUGGAGCUCCUCAGGGAGAUCUUCAGAGUCCUUGGCCUGAUGAAGACAGACAUGGUCAACUUCACCGUACAGAGCCUCAGACCUAAUCUUCUUCAGCAGGCGGUCCAAUACGAGCGAGCCAAGUUCCAGGAGAUCCUGGAGAAGCAGCCUGAGUUCCUGGACAAGACCACCGUUUGGCUUCAGGUGGCAGCACGAGAGGAGGCAUUGGUCAGUGCCCAGUCUGACCUUGACACUGGGACUCCCAAGCCACGUGGUCCAUUAAGUCCUACUGCCGUCCUGAACAGGGCUUACCUGCAACUGCUGAGCUGGGACCCCCAUGACCAGAAUUACCCUGAGACAGUUCUGAUGGACAGAGCCCGCAUAGAUGCACUGGGGCAGAGGCUGAGUCUGCUGGUUCUUGAGGCAUCCGUUCUGCUGUUGACUAGCACACAGUGUGGGGCCGCUGUUUUCUCUCUGCAGGGGUUUGUAGGUAAACUCAAGCAGACCAUCACUGCCCUGCUGGAGGGCAGUCACAACAGGGACUUUGACCUGCAGGGGGCGUUGCUGGGGCUGAGGGAGCAGGUGCUGGUGCAGGUGAAGGAGGCUCUGAUCACCCAGGAAGGACCAGCGCUGCCUCAGGACAGUGAAGACGUGCUUAAGGGACAGAUCUCAGACCUGGCCAAGGACAACAACCCCAUCCGCACUCUCAUAGGAGAAAGAGUGCAGGGCUACCUCCAGGCCAUGCUAGAGGGAAGCCCCACUAAAAAGAGUCCGUCCAUGCCCCCUGCCCUGAGGCUGCUGAGUGCUGAGGUGGCAGAGCUGGGAAUGGCCUUAGGGCGAAUGGUCCAUUUCAACCGCUCAGUUUUCGGCCCCUUCUACGCCCCCAUCCUAAGGAAGAUGCUGUUUCCAUCGGGAGAGGCCGAGAUGGGGGAGGACUCCCGCUAGUCCCCCCAACACCUCAGGUCGCCUGCAUAAGCUGCCAUUCAACAUUUACACAAUGUAGAGCAGGGUUCCCAAACUGGCGACCCGCGGGCCAAAUAUGGCACGCCAACAAUAUUAUUUGGCUCCCCCAAAGACCCCCAAAUUAAAUUUUUAUAUUUUUUUAAUUUAAAAAAUUUAUAAAAAUCUCGGACCCGAGAUGCAAAAACUCCCAAAUGCAAUGUCCCAAGAAGGAAGUUACCCUGCUUAAAUAAUGCAAAAGUUAAGUUUUAACUUCAUUCAUGAGGAGAGAGAAUGCAGGAGACAGUCAACUGAUAAAGCUGGCAACGGACCAUUUUGUGGUGCUGAAACUUAAAGCUGCAACCAGAGCACAAUCAAUAGGAGGUGAACAGCGCCUGGUGCUGAAAAUAUAGCUAACUUGUUAUGCAAGUGUUGCACAGCGACAGAUGGAGAAAACCUACACCAGUCGAGUAAUUCAUUUCAACAAUAAUCUUCAUUUUAUUUUGACUUUACAAACAAGAAGAAGGCUUAAUUGUCUUCUGAGCCUAGGCCUACAUAAAGCCUAAGCCUACAUAAAAUAACAACUGGCUGUGGUAUGCUAUAAGGCUUAACAGCAUCUUUCACAAGAAAAAAUUAUAUGGCCUAAUAGAAGUGUUUUUUUUUUUUUACAAGGUCUCCUUACAAUUCCAACUGGCCAAAAAUGGAGCAUCCUAGAUAAAACAAUAAUUUAAAGAAAAAAAAGGUGAAUGUCUAUCAGCAUAGCCUGCUUCUGUAACGACAGAACAAACAGAUAAUACUGUCAGCUUGAGACCUAAAUAUCCCUGGAUAAGCACUCACAAUAAUGUUAGUAUUUACUAAGUACAGUCAUAUAGGCCACUAAGUUACUCACUCAAUGGGAAAAGUUGCAUUCCCCCUCGAUCUUGUGGAUGUCACGUGAGAUGGAUGUGAGUUUGAUGCGCAGGCAGUCAACGAUUGACUUAUGUGAAAGCCGGUUCCUGUCCUGAGUCUAUAUUGCGUUCAUAGAGGAAAAUGAGGACUCGCAGGUGUAAGUCGAUCCGAACUUAGCGCAUGAAAUGCACGUUUCUUUAUUGGGUGUAUUUCUCUGAGCAUGCCACCCAAAACGCACACAAGGACUCGGUACUCCUGAGCGCAUCCCUGAUUUGGCUCGAUGUCUGUAAUUCAAUCAGCUCAGUUUGAAUUGCGGCCUAAUUUUUUUAAUUUAAACUUUAUUUAACUAGGCAAGUCAGUUAAGAACAAAUUCUUAUUUAC